CUGGCAACGUUGUGUAACUUUACUUGUGCUUGUUUUGUAUUCUUCGUAGCUGCAUUAAGUGGAAAUGGCUGCAAGCGACACAAAUACGGAUGAUUCACUUUACCCAAUUGCAGUUUUAAUAGACGAAUUACGAAAUGAAGAUGUUCAGCUGCGCCUCAACAGCAUCAGAAAGCUGUCUACGAUUGCCCUGGCUCUGGGUGUCGAGAGAACAAGAAGUGAACUGAUCCCUUUCCUCACAGAUACUAUUUAUGAUGAAGAUGAAGUGCUACUUGCUCUUGCGGAACAGUUGGGCAACUUUACUUCUCUGGUUGGUGGGCCGGAGUUUGUCCACUGCCUGCUUCCACCCCUGGAGAGCUUGGCCACAGUGGAAGAAACGGUAGUGAGAGACAAAGCUGUGGAGUCGUUGAGGAAUAUCUCUCAGCAGCAUAGCCCUACUGACCUGGAGCAGUAUUUUGUUCCCCUUGUCAACAGACUGGCUUCAGGUGACUGGUUUACGUCGAGGACGUCAGCAUGUGGUCUCUUCAGCGUUUGUUAUCAGAGAGUCUCCACGACUGUGAAGGCUGAGCUUCGGUCCCACUUCCGAACGCUUUGCCAAGACGACACGCCAAUGGUGCGCCGUGCAGCAGCCAGUAAGCUUGGAGAAUUCGCCCGUGUAGUGGAGUUGGAGUACGUGCGCACCGACCUCAUCCCCCUGUGGUCCUACUUGGCUCAGGAUGAGCAGGACUCUGUGCGUCUGCUUGCCGUGGAGGCCUGUGUGGCAGUGGCUGCUCUGCUUCCGCACGAGGAUGUAGAGCAGCUUGUGAUGCCCACUCUGCGCCAGGCUGCUGAAGAUAAGUCUUGGAGAGUGCGCUACAUGGUGGCCGAUAAGUUCACCGACCUUCAGAGGGCAGUUGGGCCAGACAUUACCCGCGCGGACUUGGUGCCAGCGUUUCAAAACCUGCUCAAGGACUGUGAGGCAGAGGUUAGAGCUGCGGCUGCACACAAGGUGAAAGACUUCUGCCAGAAUCUCUCUGCAGAUGUCCAGGAACAAGUGAUCAUGACCAAUAUCCUACCCUGCGUGAAGGAUCUGGUUUCAGAUCCCAACCAGCAUGUGAAGUCUGCUCUUGCCUCAGUCAUCAUGGGGCUCUCUCCCAUACUGGGAAAGAACAACACGGUGGAGCACCUGUUGCCAUUGUUCCUGUCUCAGCUGAAGGAUGAGUGCCCGGAAGUGCGGCUGAACAUAAUUUCCAACCUUGACUGUGUAAACGAGGUCAUUGGAAUCCAGCAAUUGUCACAGAGCCUCUUACCAGCUAUCGUGGAACUGGCUGAAGAUUCCAAGUGGAGGGUUCGUCUGGCCAUCAUUGAGUACAUGCCCCUGUUGGCAGGACAACUGGGAGUGGAAUUCUUUGAUGAGAAGCUUAAUGCCCUUUGUAUGACCUGGCUUGUAGACCACGUAUUUGCAAUUCGCGAGGCUGCCACGCAAAACCUGAAGAAACUCGUAGAGAAGUUUGGACGAGACUGGGCAACGAACACGGUGAUUCCCAAAGUGCUGUCCAUGUCAAGGGACCAGAACUACCUCCACAGGAUGACCUGCUUAUUUUGCAUAAAUGUGUUGUCAGAGGCGUGUGGAGGUGACAUCACUUCAAAGCUGAUGCUAACCACUGUUCUGAACCUUUCCACGGAUAAUGUCGCCAAUGUCCGCUUCAACGUUGCGAAGACGCUCCAGCGAAUAGCACCCAUUUUGGAUCCACCAACCAUACAAGGCCAGGUGAAGCCUUGCUUAGAAAAGCUAAACACGGACACAGAUGUUGAUGUGCGGUACUUUGCUUCUGAAGCCAUUGCUGGUGUUUAGAGAACUUCUCUGUGCACGACAAGAAACCCUGCUUUCAUUGCUUCUUCCAGUCAUCCAGUGAGCCAUCCUCCCCCCUUAUGCCACUUUCUCCAGCAAGAGAAUAAAUCACCGACGUGGCUGUAGACCUGGCUGGGACUUCCCAACUACAUUUGGUUUGCUUAUACAUGUGUACAGUCCACAUUGUUUACCUACAGACACGUGGGACAUUCAUUUCUCCACACUGGGGGGGGGGGGGGGGUGCUCUAUAUUUGGUCGCCUUUUCAACGUUCUGCUAGUUCAGUGUCCAAAAUAGGUAUUUAAUUCACCCACUCUCUGCACAUGUAGAAUUGUCCUGAAUGUCUGUACAGACUAAGAGCUUGGAGGAUUGGUUCACAUUUUCUUUUUUAAUGUGUACAGUGUACUGGAAGACAUUUGUGAAAGCAGUCAUAGAGCACCCUCUGAUAAAUAUGGCCAAUUCCAAGUUUUACCCUGGAAACAAAGUGAAGCAGACUCUCAAGGGGGAUGAUAGAACAGCAUCUUAUGCAGUAGUGUUGAGGGCAGCAGAAUGGUCUUGUGUGUUCUUGUAGUUUUCCAUAUUUUGUGUUGUGCUUAACUCUGUUCACUGAUGAGAGAAUACACUGAUAUGUGGAGAAAUGUUUUUCAUUUUAGCAAACAGGCUGAAUCAAUAAAUUCAUGUCAGCUGA